GCCGGGGGAAGAGGUGUCUGUGUGUGUGUCUGUGUGUUAGAUGUGACGCCGGCUAGAAGGCGACCUACAGAUACAGAAAACAGUCGGACACCGGUUUCAAAUGAGCAGUGUGCCCUGAAAUGGACACAGAGAUGAUUCCCAAAUUUUCGUCAAAGGAUGAAGAAGUUGACUACUGGAAGUCUCAAGCCCUCAAAUAUAAGAAAAGCUGCCAUGAAGCUCAAGAGGAGCUGCAAGAGUUCCAGGAAGGGAGCCGGGAGCUGGAGGCCGAGUUGGAGGCACAACUCGGCCAGGCUGAACACCGCCUGCGAGACCUGCAAAGCGAGAACGAGAGACUGAAGAACGAGAUGUCCAACCUCAAGGACAAGCUGGAGCAACAGUAUGCCCAGAGUUAUAAGCAGAUUUCUAUGCUAGAGGACGACCUGGGCCAGACGCGCAGCAUCAAGGAGCAGCUCCACAAAUACGUCCGGGAGCUUGAGCAGGCCAACGAUGACCUGGAGAGAGCCAAAAGGGCAACAAUAGUGUCUCUAGAGGACUUUGAGGGCCGUUUGAACCAGGCCAUUGAGAGAAAUGCCUUCCUGGAGAGUGAGCUGGAUGAGAAGGAAUCUCUUCUAGUAUCUGUGCAGCGGCUGAAAGAUGAAGCACGAGACCUCAGACAGGAGCUGGCAGUACGGGAGAGAACUACAGAUAGGAUGUCAGCACCCAGCUCACCCACCUUAGACACUGACAAGAUGGAUUCAGCAGUGCAGGCAUCUUUAUCCCUCCCAGCCACACCUGUAGGAAAGAGCAUAGAGCACCCCUUCAUCAGCCCAAAAGUAACCAAUGGCUGUGGCAACUCAUCCCUCACACCUUCUGCUAGAAUCUCCGCCCUCAACAUUGUUGGUGAUCUCCUCAGAAAAGUUGGGGCUUUGGAGUCCAAACUUGCCGCCUGUAGGAACUUUGCCAAAGACCAAGCAGCAAGAAAAAAUUUCUCCACUGACAAUGGCACGCUCAUCAACAGCAACGCUACCAAGUUCUCUCACACUCUACAUACCACGUACUUUGACAAAACGACUGUUAAUGGAUUGGAUCCCAGCUCCUUGACCUCCAUGGCGUCAUCGAGAGCCGUGUCUCCACCAGGCAUGCUGCCUCUGAGUGUGUGAGGCGUCCCCACUAAAACUCCUAUCCACCCAACACAGUAUGGGAACACAGAGGACACUUGAAAGACCAUUACAUUGUGUGUUUGCGUGAAAGAGAGAGGAUGUUUGAAAGGAACGCGUGUGUGUGUGUGUGUGUGUGUGUGUGUGUGUGUGUGUUUGCCUGAGAGUGUGCAUUUUUGAACUUGAUGUGUGCAAAAGAGGCUUGACUAUACAAUUAUUACGCCUCCAGAUUGCAGCUCAAAAUGCAUUUGUGAGUAGGUGCACAGUCUUGUGCGCAUACGCCCCUACCACAUACUUGCAUGUGCCUAAAGCUGUUCUGUAUCGUGCUCGUAUGAAUGUCAUUGCAAAUGUGUUGCUCUUCUAGACGUCGACUUUUGAAGUGGCAAGUUAUACAAGUUCCACUGUUCAUCUGAGAGCUACUAUCCCUGACAAAAGGUCUUUAACAGACCUCAGCUUCCUCUGAACCUUCUUUUUCUCCUGUACUUUAAUUGCACAGUUAAACUAAUUUCAAUUUAGAAUGUAUUACAUUUAAAAAGGGAUAUGUUCAUAUUAACUAAUUUAUCUCACAGUAUGCUUUAAAAUGCAACAUUUCCUGUUUGCUAUUUUCUUGCAUGUGUGCAUACGUUAAGUGGGGUUGGAGAGGUAUGGCUGGAUCCCAUAUUUACAAGAAUGACUGAAGUGAAUGUUGAUCGUUCAAAGCCAUGUAGCCACAGCGCAGCCGUUCCUCUUGUUACUGGCUACUAGCUAUUAUUCAUUU